AUGGCCUGUUACUUUAUUUGGGUUCUGACUGUGUCACAGGGUAAAUCAGAGCUGCCCCAAAUGCAGCCUCAGGUCUGCACUGUUGUGACUUUGCAGUACCUGGUGGAAGUACCAGGCUCCACUCUAGUUAGUGCUCUAGAUGACACUAGGAGUUCCUUCCUUUCAGCUAAUACUUCUUUAGUUUGCAUUGUGACAGAUUUGAAAAGGACUUUUAUCAAUUGCUAUUCUAAAAGUUCUUUUUUAAAUGUAGCUGUUCUGAAUGGAAUUUUGCCUUUCUCUCCCUUCCAGGCCCAGAUUGCCUUCCUUCAGGGGGAGAGGAAAGGUCAAGAAAACUUGAAGAAAGAUCUUGUGAGGAGGAUCAAAAUGUUGGAAUAUGCUCUGAAGCAGGAAAGAGCCAAGUACCACAAGUUGAAAUAUGGGACAGAGCUAAAUCAGGGAGACAUGAAGCCUCCAAGCUAUGAUUCUGAUGAAGGCAAUGAAACAGAGGUGCAGCCACAGCAAAAUAGCCAGUUAAUGUGGAAACAAGGCCGGCAGCUUCUCAGACAGUAUCUCCAGGAGGUUGGCUACACAGAUACUAUUCUAGAUGUGAAAUCCAAAAGAGUGCGAGCAUUGUUGGGCUUUUCAAGUGAUGUCACUGACAGGGAAGAUGACAAAAACCAGGAUUCGGUUAUAAAUGGCACAGAGGCUGAAGUUAAAGAGACAGCAAUGAUUGGAAAAUCUGAAUUAACGGAUUCUGCCUCUGUGCUGGACAAUUUCAAGUUCCUUGAAAAUGCAGCUGCAGAUUUCAGUGAUGAAGAUGAGGACGAGGACAUUGAUGCAAGAGAGAAAAGUGUCAUUGAUACGUCCACAAUUGUUCGGAAAAAAGCAUUGCCUGAUAGCAGUGAAGACCGAGACACAAAGGAAGCUCUGAAGGAGUUUGACUUCCUGGCCACGUCAGAGGACGGGGACAGUGAGUCUAGAAGUGCAGGCGAUGGAACCGACUGGGAAAAGGAAGACCAGUGUCUGGUGCCUGAAGCCUGGAAUGUGGACCAGGGAGUAAUUACCAAACUGAAGGAGCAAUACAAAAAGGAGAGAAAGGGGAAGAAAGGGGUGAAGAGAAAAACUACCGAAGAUCUGUUUCAGCCUCUAUCCUAUAUAAAACAGUCAAAACAGGGAUGUGGGAGAAUGAAGAAUCAAAGCCCAGGGCCCAACAGGUCAAAACUACAAGACAUGCUUGCUAAUUUGAGAGAUGUAGAUGAACUUCCUUCAUUGCAGCCGUCUGUUGGCUCCCCUUCCAGACCCAGCAGCUCUAGGCUCCCUGAGCAAGAGAUCAGGAGGGCAGAUGAAGUGGAAGCCCUGACAUUUCCUCCUUCUUCUGGGAAGUCGUUUAUCAUGGCGGCAGAUGAAGCCCUUGAGAGUGAACUGGGGCUUGGAGAGUUAGCAGGCCUUACAGUAGCCAAUGAAGCAGACUCACUGGCUUAUGAUAUAGCAAAUAAUAAAGAUGCUUUGAGGAAGACGUGGAACCCCAAGUUUACGUUAAGAAGUCACUUUGAUGGCAUCCGUGCCCUUGCUUUCCACCCCAUCGAGCCCGUUUUAAUAACAGCGUCAGAGGACCAUACACUGAAAAUGUGGAAUCUGCAGAAAACAGCCCCAGCCAAAAAGAGUACGUCUCUUGAUGUGGAGCCUAUCUAUACGUUCCGAGCUCAUAAAGGUCCGGUGCUGUGUGUAGUGAUGAGCAGCAAUGGUGAGCAGUGUUACAGUGGUGGUACAGAUGGGCUGAUUCAGGGCUGGAACACCACCAAUCCCAACAUCGAUCCCUAUGAUUCUUAUGAUCCUUCUGUUCUGAGAGGCCCUCUGCUGGGCCACACAGAUGCUGUGUGGGGGCUGGCCUACAGCGCGGCACACCAGCGCUUGUUGUCCUGCUCAGCAGAUGGCACUUUACGUUUAUGGAAUACAACCGAGGUUGCUCCGGCACUGAGUGUGUUUAAUGAUAACCAAGAACUGGGAAUCCCUGCUUCGGUGGAUCUUGUGAGCAGUGACCCGAGCCAUAUGGUAGCAUCAUUCAGCAAAGGGUAUACAAGCAUCUUUAACAUGGAGACACAGCAGCGAAUCCUCACUUUAGAAUCCAAGAUAGACUCAACAGCCAAUUCUUCCUGCCAAAUAAACAGAGUCAUCAGCCAUCCCACUCUUCCAAUCAGCAUCACUGCUCACGAAGACAGGCACAUCAAGUUCUAUGAUAACAAUACAGGCAAACUGAUCCACUCGAUGGUAGCCCACCUAGAAGCUGUUACAAGUUUAGCAGUUGAUCCAAAUGGCCUGUACUUGAUGUCUGGCAGUCAUGACUGUUCGAUACGCUUAUGGAAUUUAGAAAGUAAGACAUGUAUUCAAGAGUUCACAGCUCAUCGGAAAAAAUUUGAAGAAUCCAUCCAUGAUGUAGCAUUCCACCCUUCCAAAUGCUAUAUAGCCAGUGCUGGCGCCGACGCGCUGGCUAAGGUCUUUGUAUGAUGUGACGCAUCAACUUCACCUUCUAGCUCUUUAUAAAAAGUCAACUGCACAACAGAGAUGCAGAAGACCAGGGCAAGCAUCAACUCACCCUGCCCUUUUGUUCUGCUGAAGGAGCACAGAGAACAUUUGUUAGAGUGUAGUUUUGCAAUUCGUGCACUGUUUUCUAAAGUGAAGGUUUAUUCAGGUGGCUGCAAGCUCAGCUGACUCUGGGAGCCUGAAAACUUUGAAAUUUCCCCCCAAAGAGGCACUUUUGUUUCUGAAAUUGUUCUCAUUCGCUAGGCAGGCCUGAGCGAAACAGGUUUAGCAUCUCCCUUCCUUCUGAGUAAACAGGGCAUGCUGUCUGUGUUGGAUAAUUAAAAGUUGGAUGGCUGGGAAUGAGUAGAGCGGGAUGUACUCUACCCUGAGAUCUGCUGAACAUAUUAGGUAGUCAGACUGUACUGUAUCCGCUCUACGAACCCCAUUGUGUAUAAUGACCAGACAGUGUUCAAAUGAGUUUCUAAUGUAGCUCUCUGUUCAGCUGUUCCCAUAAAGCACGUGGCAAAGCAUUUCACCUAUUAGGAGGAAAAGAUGCAAUAAUAUGUUAAGUAUAUUAUUCAGAAAUGCUAACAAAUAUUUAGUUUGCAAGCAGAUUUUUAUAUUGUAUUACAAUUUUGAAAGUAAAUGUGGUACCACUCUGUCCAGCACCCAUUAUGAAGAGUAGUUAAUGGAGCCUGCUCUACUAAAGAUUUUUAACUUAUCCAGGCUUGAGAUUGUUUAUUUUUAAGGGCAAACAGGGACUAUCUCUAUAAUAAUUUGUUUAAAAAUUCACCUCAUUUGUGUGGUAUUUAUAGUGCUAGAGUGAUUAUUUCCUGUUGAUGAAAUGUUCCUAGUGACAGAAAAAGGAGAAAGCUAUUUGUCAACACUCAUUUCUCAACACCCAUGUGAUUGGUUCAGAUAAUCUUCACUGUUCCUUCUCUGCCUUUCAUGUUCAUGUUGUCUGACGCCUACCAUAAACAGUUUAUAAUUAUUAUGUUAUGAAGUCCAAAGCGUGUGGUCACCUCAGGCAGUUGCUUUGGCAGCAGCCAUGCUUAAUAAAGCAGUGCACCCUGGAAAUAUGCUACUAGUGUGUCAUAGAGAUCCAGAUGGAAGAUGUUAAUGCCUGUGAUGUCUGCGAGGUUCUUUCUCCUCCCCUUCCCGUUAUUUAAUUGGAACACACAUGUUAAUGAACAGUGAACCAGUACUGUACCUAGAGAAACCCAUAUGUGGUCAGCUUUCGGGAGUCUCAGAAUCCUGCUGACUAACCCUGUGCUCACUGUGCAGACCUCUUUCCUCUAACUGCUGGCACUCUUCAUGCCCUUCACACACCUUCUCUGCCAAAUGACAGACCAGUCUAAAUAUUAAACAUAAAUUAAUGUUCAUCUUUCUACCAACAUGUGUACACGAAAUAUUAUAAAUAUUAUAACCCAUUAUAAUGGUUCUGUUGCCAUAACCAUGGCAUUUCUGGUGAUCUGUUCUUUGAAGUAGCAUUUUCAUGGGUAAUGAUUGACUUCUUAAAAAUUUCUUCUCAUCUUCCUUUAGAAUUCUCCAUUGUGCAGGCAAAUUUUCAUGAACAUUAUAAGACCCAUACUAAAUUUCCCUGGUUGUUCUAUAGACAUGCUAUAUAAUUUUAGUAACUACAUUUUAUCUUUGUGCUUUGGUUAACAAGCAGACCUAAGAGAUUGAUUGGUAUACACAAGUGAAUUGAGUUAAAUGCUUGUUUUUAUGCAGAUCCAGAAUUUUACACAGUGAUGGGUAAAUUUUUUCAUCCUUCAUAAAAUGAGCAAAAGGGUUUUCUAACCCAACAUUUACAGAAUAUUAGAAGAUUCCAGGAAGUAGUGUAUUUAUGACCACAGUUACUUUCCAGAGCCUUCAAUGUAUGUUUUAUUCCUGUCACCAACAUUCUGGAAAACAGGAGAGGCUGUCCUAUUUGUUCUCUGUCUCUUGAUUGGAUGGGAAAUAAUCCUAAGAUAGGCAAAGUGUAAUACAAAUGAUAGAACUGUUGGAAGUUUUUAGGGAGUGUGCUUUGUGCCAUUGAAAACUGUAAAUAGAAAGAUUCUUCUAAACUAGCCCUGUUAGCUCUCAGCCUGGACAUGAGCCAAAGCUGUCUUCCAACCAGAUGGUAGUAGUAUGGACAUUUGUCUGACUUUCCCCAUCCUAAUGAAAAUUCAUAAAAUGAACAAUUUCAAGAUUCAGAAUCAUUGAAAUGCUUUCAUAAAUAUUUACUGGAUUGUAAAUAUUCUGGGUGAACUGUUUUGGAAUAGUAUGAAAAUCAGCAGGUGGGUUAGGUCCCUGCCUUAUUUUCAUGAGCUGUGGAUACAUCUCUGGGAGCUAACAGUACCCGUCUCAAAGCGCAGCUGUCACAUGGAGCUCAUUUGCUAUUCAAACCAUAGACAAAUAAGUGAUAUAAUGACCUUCAGUAUUUUUCUAUUGAACAAAUUUAUCAAUUUUUGCCAUUAAACAGAUAAUUAGUUAUGCAAAGUAUUUAGCUUUUGUAAUCAUUUAGUUGUAACUAAAAGGGGAAAAUUGAACUGUAUCACUGAUAAUGAAUUUUGUGAGAAAUUAUUUGUUUAUCUGACUUCCAUUCCUUCAGUAUUGCUAUAAAUUUCUUUUGGAGAUAAUGAUUCUUUAUUUGAAAGAUGUCUAAAAAUGUAUGUAUAUUUUAUAAAUAUAUAUUAUAUAUAUUAUAGGGAUAUAUAUAAUAUAUAGACUAUAUAUAUAUAUCUAAACCAUGGGUGCAUUUUACUGUUGUGUUCUCAUUUUUGGAGGUAGUAUACUCAGAAGUUGAUGAGUAUGACGAGUGUUGUGCUGUUUGCUUUUGCAGUAUAAUAUAUAGCUCUAAGUGUUUAAAUUACUGUAUAUACUAUAUUCAUUAUAGGCUAGCAUGCUUGUUUUAAAGACUGUCAUUCUAGUUUAUUAAAAUCUGAAUGUAAGAAAACCUGGCUAUUCAAAUGUGAAUUGAAAAGAUUCCUGCUGAACUAUUUCCAUUGAACAUUCAAGCUCUUUGACAAAAUGUGUCAUCAAGAAGGCAAUAGCUAGAAAGUGAGAGGUGCCUUUAAAAAAAAAAAAAAAAAAAAAACCUACAAACGCAGCCUUACAGCGAGGGUGAAGAUUGACUCUGUGUCAGGGGUGGGAGGGGGAAGAGAGAGCACGAGCGUGUGUGUGUGUGUGUGUGUGUGUGUGAGAGAGAGAGAGAGAGAGAAAAUCCUGAUUUGUGACAGUCACUGUCUUUUAAUGUAUCUGCUCGGCUUGUAGGACUCCAGGGGACAUUUUAUGCAUAGUCUUCGUGCUCUUUGGAGCACCUUAUAUGCUUUCCGAGAGUUUCAAAUGUGAAUUCCUAGAAAAUUCAGUAAAGAAUAAAUGGCUGUUUUUUUUUUUUUUAAAUUAAAAUAAACUUCAGAAAACUAAAUAUUGGUUCCCCAGAACUAUGGGUUUCUCGUUGAUGAUGUACUUUUUUUUUUUUUUAAAAGCUUGCUAUUUUUAGUACUUCAUAUAUUUCCCCUGUUCACAAGAGUAUGUCAUGAAAUUCUUAUAUGAUGAGGUUUGAACCAGUAAAAAUCAUUUUCAGAUGAAACACUUGAACUAAUUAAAAUUCCACCUAAGAACAGUCUUGGAAAAUUGAAAUUGCCUCUCUCAUAUCUACCUCAUUGUCAUUGCUGCCAUUUUAGCUAGAACAGAUCUCUAUGACAUCAGAAAUGAGUGUCGAUGCAAUUUAAAAGUCUGUGUGUGUUGGUGCUCCUCUCAGGCUUUGUUAUCUCCUGUGUCCUCACAAAGCGGACAGAAACAUUUAGGGUUAAUUUUAGGUUUUUUUUUUUUUUUUUUUUUACUUUUUACUUUUUGUUAGUUUUGUUUUCUUCAAGGAUGGCUUAAACCACCACCCAUGUUUUUAGUGAGUAGGGAGUUUUAGUUAUGUGUAAUAUUUUUAACCAAGAAUGAAAUUGUUACUGAAUUUACCUGAAACUCCAGGCAUAGUGGCACAAUCUUGUUUGUAAUCAUGAGAGGUGGAGGCAAGACGAUCACAAGUUCAAGUUUAUCCCCAGCUAUAUAGGGAGUUCAAGGCCAGCCUGGGCUACGUGAACCCUUGUCUCAAAGCAACAACACAAAGUUUACCUGGGGAAAAAAAAAACAAAACUGUGAUUUUAUUUGGCUUACUUUAUUCUUUACUUCCACACUUAGGUAUAUAAUUACUCACUUCACUGGCUUAGAAGUUGCCUCCAUGACCGUGUUACUUGUUUGUUUAUCCUGCAGUACUCAAAGAGUGUUUUGACACUGGGAUUCUCGUUGUACAAAAGUAGUAUCUGUGUGUGUGUGUGUGUGUGUGUGUGUGUGUGUGUGUGUUUUGUAUUGUAUCAUUUCCUAAAGUCCAUUUUAGUAGAAGGUCAGAAGAGGAAUAAGUCUCUGUUUAGCAGGUAAACAAUUAGAAUCAGUUUUACAUUUGCCACUAAAAGCUUUGUAACUGCUCAUAUCAAGCAUGCAGCUAGGUCUCCAUGUCAGUGGAAGGGACUCCACAUUGACCAAGUAUUUAACAGAACCUUUACAUCGGUUUUGUUGUUAGGUAUUUAACUUUGAGGAGUUUUAUGCUAGAUUAAGAGAUCUUUAGAUCCCACUACUUAUUCUAGCAACACUUCUGAAGUGGUUCUGAGGGUUCUUUCUGGAUCUUGGCUAGUCAAGCUUUAGAUUUCAUUUAACUGGGACCACAUGCUCAUCACCCCUCUGGUGCAAAUUAGAAAGUUCAUGUUAAUUUAAAUUAACUUCAAUGUCUGCCUGGGUUUUUACCAGGCUGUGAACCAGUGAGUGCCUUGUUAAUGUAGAAUGAUUUUCCCCAUUGUAUGUUAGCUGUUUCUGAAAGGGUCUCAGAGACUGGGGUUUGAAGUGACUUUUGCAAAGCUGCUGAGUUGACAGUACAGCAUUAGGAAGUCUUUGGUCUGCCAUGUUCCUUCCGCUUUUCCUGCUUUCUCUUCAUUGACUGAUGUUGGCCUCUUGUGAGAAAACUAACAUAGUCCCCUUCACACACUCUGUUUUUCAUUCCAGAUUCAGGAGUAUCCCCUGUCCCGCCUUAGCUAUAUGAUCCAAUGCCUGUUUUUAGGGAGAACCACUUCUUUGUAAUACUAAAAAUCUUACCACUUAUUUUAUGUCUUCUCAUCAGUUUACUGGAGUGAACCUCAGGGUAUCAUCAGUUCAGAAUUCCAAAUAACCCUUUCUCUCCACACCCAAACCCCCAGCUGGUGAUCCCUGGGCCAGAUUGUUUGAUAUUCAGGUGUCUUCAAUUUUAGUUAUAAUAUCAAUUAAUGUAAAUCCAAAUGCUAAUUUUUGUGGUGCAAGAAGUUCCUUUUGUAAAUUCAGGGUAUGGAUAAGCUAAUAAUGAUAUCCAGUUUUGGUGGCUUUGAGUGUAUUGUUUGUUUUUAAAUAAAAUGUACAAAAUAGUUAA